UGUCAGCGCCACGGUGUGUCAAAGUUUUUAAACAUGUCUUCGCCACUCCUCACGCAGUUGUGUCAGCAUGGAUUGAUGCAUCGACUGACACUGGGCAGGUGUAUCCACACAAGCGCAGCGCUGGAGAAAAAAGUCACCGGGAAAUACAAGAUAUCAGCAAAAAGAGAUCGUCCUCUUACAUAUGAAAUGUCCCAGAAACCGCAACAUAUAGCAGUGAGGAAGGCUUGGAACUCCUGGAACACAUCAAAUUUAUUGGAUGGUCUGAGAUCUUCGGAAACAGCUGUAGAGGAUAUGUUUAUAAGGAAAUUCAUGAUAGGCACAUGGCACAGUUUAGUUCUAUCUGAAGUGAUUAUCAAAAGGCAAUUUAAUCACAUCCGAAUAGCAGCUGUUAUACGCCAAGGUAUAUCUGCCCAGAAAAUGUAUUUUCUAAUAGGGUAUACUGAAGAAAUGCUGGCUCGUUGGUUACAUUGUCCUGUAACACUGGAGCUAGAGACGGUGCCUGAAAAGAAAGAUAUAGUGUUCAAAUACAUUUAGGAUCAGAGAUUAUGGAAUAAAGCCGUUCUGUGUAGAAGCAA